ACUCCAUCCAAUUACACACAUCUCUGAAUCAUUAUUCACUUUGUAAUUUUCAUUAAUAGUAAAAUGGCUGAAGAGAAGAAGCACCACGGCCUCUUCCACCGUCACAAGGACGAUGAGGAUGAGGAGAAGCCCGCCUACUCUGAGAAUACCUAUGGCUCUGGUGACAGCUACAAGACAACUGGUGUUGGAGGCGAGUAUAAUACCACUACUGGUGGUGGUUAUUCAACUGGUGGUGGCGACUACAAUACCACUGCUGGUGGUGGUCGCUACAAUACAGAUACUUCUGGUGACGACUACAAUCCAAACGCCGGCCGUACCGGAUACGGUGGUGAUUAUGAAAAAUCAACUGGUGGUGGUUAUUCGACUGGUGGAGGCGACUACAAUACCACUGCUGGUGGUGGCCGCUACAACACAGAUUCUGCAGGUGACGACUACAAUACAACCACUGGUGGUGCCCGAUAUAAUACCGAGACUGCUGGUGGCAGAUACAACACAACCGUUGGCGGUGGUGAUUAUGAAAAAUCGUCUGAUGAUUAUGAAAAAUCAACUGAUGAUUAUGAGAAAGAAAAGAAGGAACAUAAGCAUAAGGAACACCUCGGAGAGAUGGGAGCCCUCGCUUCUGGGGCUUUCGCUUUGUACGAGAAGCACGAGUCAAAGAAAGACCCCGAGCAUGCCCAAAGGCACAAGAUAGAAGAAGGAGUUGCAGCAGCUGUCGGGGUUGGUUCGGGUGGAUAUGCUUUCCAUGAGCAUCACGAGAAGGAAGAGGCCAAGGAUGACGAAGAAAGGGCAGAGGGAGAGGGAAAGAAGAAACACCACUUGUUUUAACUAUUUAAAAAUAUAUAUUGUCUUAAUUUUCUAUUGUCAUGUGCUAUGCUAUAAAUAAAAUUCCAAUAUCAAUAUUGUUCUAAUUAUGUAAUGCGAGACGGGGAGGACUCUAACUCAGAAAACUAGAGCAUUGAAGUAAGAAAUAUGGUGUCGUGUUAUAGUCCUUCCUCGCCCACGCCACUAUUAUCUUACUGUGUUUAGUGUGAGUUGGUAAUAAAAUUACUUCUUGGUUUGCUCUACAUGAGA